CAAGAUUACGCAACAUUUUGUUUAUUGAUGGAAGUGAAAUCUAAAAAAAAAUUAAUUAAAAUUACUGUAUUUUUAUAUUUCUUACUGUAAAGAAUUAAUUGAUUUUGGUAAUAUUAUGUGCGAUGCAGUUAGAGAACAACCUGACGGUGAUGAUAAUGUAGAUGGCUUUGAAGAAGAUAAAUUAGAUCCCAGAGUUGAGAUUGAACUUGAAAAAUUAAACAGCGCUUCAGACUUGAUUAAUAUUUUGGAAAAAGAACUUGAUGAAGCACGAACUGUUUUCCGUCAAAAGUUAAAUGAUGCUACUCGUGAUCUUCAGCAGUUAUCAAAAUCAUUAGGAAAUAGUAUUGAUAAAGCAAGGCCAUACUUUGAGCUGCUAGAGCAGACAAAAAAGGCACAGCUGCAAUGUUCCAGUGCUGUAAUAGCAUAUGAAAGAGCUUGUGAUAUGCAUCAAGGUGCCCGUAAAACGAUUUCGAUUGCUGAGGAUAAAUUAUUAAACAACCCUGCAUUGUUUGAACCAGCUUGGCAGGAAAUGCUUAAUAAUGCUAACCUAAAAUUAUUAGAAGCAGAAGAGGAAAAACUUAAGAAUGAGUCAUUUCACCAUGAAGCAGCUUCAGUGUAUACUCAGCUCCAACACAAAAAACUUAAACUAGAAAACCAACUUAAAAAGAGCAUCAAUAAAGCAAGACCAUAUUUCGACCAGAAAGCAUUCUAUAUAGAUUGUUUGGAGAAUCAAAAGGUACUUGUUCAAGAGUUAGAGAGUUCGUAUAUUGCUGCAAAAGAAAGAUAUUCCAAAAGUCUACGUGAACUUGAAAAUAUUAGUGAAGAUAUACAUCGUAAAAGAAAUCCCGCUGUGUUUCGUACUAAUAUACGAGACGAAUACGUUAGUUCUGAGCGCAAUUCGAUUCCACGACUUCUUUGCAAACAACUUUCAGAAGGCUGCUCUGUAAAACUAAACGAACCGCGAAGACUUAACACUCGCACAACAAGUCGCUCUUCUUUUAAGUUGGAUCUUGAUGUUGAUUUUGACAGUAAUGCUAUUGAUACUGGUAUUAGUACAAAAAGUCCUUCAGCUAAAAGCGUUGAUAUUGGUAUUUUGAAUAGUACGAAAUGCUAUACAGACUUUCAAUUGCUUGAUGUUAAAAAACUAUUUGAUCCAGAAUGGCGACGAAAUUCGAAAACAAACUUUUUAUCUCAAUCUUAUAACAUUUCGUAAAUAAAAUUGCAUAAAAAAUAAAAACUCAACAUUUUUGUGAUGUAAAAAAACUUAUCGGAUUUAGCUCGACCAUCAUCGAUAAGUAUUUUUUGAUUAAAAACUUCUCAUGGACUGAAGCAAAGCAACAUGAACUUAACGUUUUUAAAUAAUUUAAAUUUAUAAUGUAAUAUAUACAAAGAUGCUUUAAGAAAUCA